AAGGAACAGCAGCGCGCCGAGAAGGAACAGCAGCGCGCUGAAGAAGCGGAGAAGCAGACACGACCGACAACCUUGGACGAGUAUAUCGCUGCCUGCCAUAGCCUCGUCUUCUUCCAGUUCAAGGUAGAAAGAGACAGACGGCUAACAUCAAGGGGCUCCAUCACCAACCCUCGCAAUAAGCUGUGCCCAACUAGUCUUGAGCCCUGGCCACACUUUUUGGACCAACAGAGAAGCGUCUUUGAUACGAUAUACGAAUGCUUUCCAACCGAGACCCGGGCUUUCGAGAGCCAAAACUUCCUGGCCGGUCUGGGAAAGAGGGUUUCGCAGCGAUCGAUCGCCGACGAGAAGACGCUCGAGUACUUUAUGCACACCGGCGUGGAAGAUCCCGUCCGAGUCAUUAUGGAACAACUCAGGCAAGUGGAGGAGGUCAGCAACGCGUUUGAUAUGGGAAGUGGGAUCGUGUUUGAGAAUCAUCCUCAUGCCAUCAGCGAUACAUCGCUGCAAACACCAAACCACAAACGAGAUGUCAACCAACUUCGACCUGACCAAAUCUGCGUGUACCGAUCAGACGACGACACGGUGUCUGAGAAACGGACGAUGAUCUACGUAUCUGAGUACAAGGCACCCCAUAAGCUGACGGCUCCGCACCUCCGUGCCGGUCUACGGCGAAUGAACAUUUAUAAGGAGGUUGUCAAUCGAAAGACUAUCCCGACGUCUGUGGACCCGGAGGGGCGUUUUCAGUAUCACGCUGAGAGGCUGACGGCGUCUGCGCUGACGCAGACGUACCACUACAUGAUCGAGGGGGGUCUCGAGUAUGGGCUGAUGACGACGGGCGAGGCGACUGUUUUCCUCAAGAUCGACUGGGCCAGGCCUGAAACGCUGUAUUACCACCUGGCAGAGCCCGGGCCGGAGGUGUCGGCGCAUGCCGAACAUGUGCAGUCGAGCUCGGCGGUGGGACAGCAUCUCGCCUUCAGCCUGAUGGCGCUGGGCAGUCCAGGAGAGCGAGGCGAGCACGGGCAGGAUGAGCGUGAUCGAGCGACGGCAAGCCUCAAGAGAUGGGCGGAAGAUUUCGAGACGACAUUACGGUCGAUUCCCGAGGGGGAGCGAAGAGCGCCGGAGAGCUCAUCGAGCUGGGUGCCUACGACAUACGAGGACUUUGACCGGUCACCAUGCGUGCUCCGGGGGGGAAGGCAACGACCACGGCGACGGCCACGGCGGCGGCAGGGUGAGGGGGAUGAUGAGCACGACAAAUUUGCGAUUAGAAGAAACCGGGCAGAGUCAUCGUCGGAUGAGUCGGGGACGCAGCCUCCAGACACGCCAAGCCCUGCUGAACGGCGCGGAAGGCGUAGACAGCGAGGACACGAAAAGGAGCCCCGAAGAAGUCAACGAAUCCUGGCACGCCGACCACGCGAAGGAGCUGCCCGAGACCGACAGUACUGUACUCAAGCAUGCCUGCUCGGGCUGGUCAGAGGAAGCCCACUCGAUCCGAGAUGCCCCAAUGUAGAAUCUCACAGAGGCCCCGACAAUGGAUGUCACAGCAGAUCUCGUGGCAGAACCCGAGGGUGCACUCACACGCGCCAUCCAGUCAGCCAUUCCACAUGGCUGCAACUCCUACGUGAGCAGCUGCGGCAGUCGUUAGAUGCUGGAAUCACGAAGCUGGGAAAGCACGGGGCACGAGGGGUCCUGUUCAAGGUGACGCUUCUUGCGUACGGUUACACAUUUGUAUGCAAGGGGACAGUGCAGGCCUUUAUCAAGGACCUCGGACAUGAGGCGGCGGUGUAUAAGCGUCUCGAGCGGAUCCAGGGCGUCAGCGUGCCCGUCUUCCUAGGGGCCAUCGAUCUUCGGCCGCUCAAGAAGGUCUACUACUACGACCAUCGGGUGUACAUUGUGCACAUGACAUUCUUAUCGUGGGGAGGAGACGGCAUCGACGAGAUUGAGGUUACAGCCGACAUGGGAAGAACACUCAAGGACAAGUUGCUUAAGUCUCUACGGGCGAUUCACGAGGAAGACGUGGUUCACAAGGACGUGCGGAGUGCAAACAUGCUGGUCAACAGGGAGACGGACAGUGUGAUGCUGAUUGACUUUGAGCGUGCCGUGCUG